AUGGCUCGUCUUGAAGGAAAAGUCAUCUGCAUCACUGGGGCGGCGUCUGGGAUCGGCUUUGCACUCGCAAAGGUGGCCGCCAAAAAUGGUGCCAGGCUGUCCAUCUGUGACAUUCAGAGAGAAAUGCUAGCAAAGGCAGUCGCAGAUCUCAAGUCUAUUGGGGCAGAUGUCCUGGGGACUGUCGUCGACGUCGCUUCUGAUACACAGGUCGAUAGCUGGAUCGCCGCCACGGUCGAACAUUUCGGCAAGUUGGACGGUGCUGCCAAUUUCGCAGCCAUUGAACGGACACACGGCGCCUUCACCCAAAUCAAAGACCUUAGCAAUCAGGAAUGGAACUUGGUCCUCUCUGUCAACUUGACGGGGGUUAUGUACUGCAUCCGUUCCCAGACAAAGGUCAUGAAACACGGAGGUUCAAUUGUCAACGCGAGCAGUAUUGGGGGCUUGCGAGGUAGAGAAGGUCUCGCGCCGUACUGCGUGGCCAAACACGCUGUGAUAGGUCUGACGCGAACGGCCGCAAAGGAAAACGGUGCGAAUGGUAUUCGAGUGAAUGCUGUUGCUCCAGGUCCUAUCGAGACACCCAUGUUUCAGCGGCUACGAGACACUCCUAAAGAUGAUCAAGAGACGAAAGUCAUGACACCCAACUCGAUGCCUCUUCAGAGGAACGGCCAACCGGAGGAGGUUGCGACGUUGGCAGCUUUCCUGCUUAGCGAUGAUGCAAGCUUUAUCACCGGCGCCGUAUAUCCCAGUAUGCAAAACCCUAAGAACAUUCACUCUCUGUUGAGUCUGCAUGUCCUGGCUAAUGAUGUCUUGUCUAUAGUCGAUGGUGGCGCAACUGCAUAA